UAUCUGAACAAAGACUUAGAAGAGGAGAAGAACGCGAGUCCGAGUGUUAAGAAAUCGCAAAUGGCGUCACUGUUCACACCCAUCACGUCAUUGUCAUCGCUGUUAAUAUCUCCGCUCUCGAAGAAGUCAACCGAAUCUCGGAGUCCGUCGCCGACCCCUUUGAAGCCCAUCUAUGAGUCUGAAAGUCCAGACGAAGUGGCGUUAGUUAUCGCGGCGUUUCGUUAUAGCGUUAAACUAUUGAAACGCAACUCAGAAUCGGUUCUUCUCUCACUUCCCAGCGAAGGUGUCAUCGAAUAUAAAGUCUUAAAUAUUCUGAACUUUGAUUCCACGCGAAAGAAAAUGUCGAUUAUAUUACGACACCAGAAGACUAAUGAGAUUAUUCUGUUCUGUAAGGGCUCUGAUUCGGCCAUUUUGGAGAGUUUGGCCAAAACUAGUGAUCCAGAGAUGAAUGAAAUGAUUAAAAUUACUGAAAAACAGUUGACUUCUUACAGUCGUAAAGGUCUGCGAACUCUAUGUAUGUCUAAACGCGUGUUGACUGAAGAGGAAUAUAACUCUUGGAAUAUAUUGCAUAAAAAAGCCGAACAAUCGAUUGAAAACAACGAGGAAUUGAUGUUAGAGUCACACAAUCGGAUUGAAUGUAAUUUAGUAUUAAUGGGUGCGACGGGUAUUGAAGACAGUCUACAGGAAAGGGUACCCGAAGUGAUCGCUAAUCUCCGAUCGGCCGGAAUUGUCGUUUGGGUCCUAACGGGCGAUAAGUUGGAAACUGCUGUCAAUAUCGCCUAUUCGUGUCGACUCUUCACUAACGCAAUGGAUGUAAUUUACUUGAAAAUUGAGUCAAAAGAAGAAUCGAACCGUGUUUUAGAAAAUCACUUGAAAGACCUGAAGGCAAAGGGAGUGACCAAAAGGAAGUCUAAACAGAAACUAUCGAAAUCGUUGUCGUGUUUAUUGAAGACGGCGUUAUUGGGCGCACGAAUGCCUGAGAGGACUGCUGUCGACUCCAAUAUCCGUAACAAACGCGGACUCGUUGUCGACGGAAAGACUCUAUCGUUUGUGAUUGAAAAAGAAAGCAUUGGUUUGUUUCUAGAAUUGGCCCAAUUCUGUGGUUCUGUGCUCUGCUGUAGAGCUACUCCUCUGCAAAAGGGAUCAGUUGUUCGCGCGGUUAAAGAGACACUAAAUGUGAUGACAUUAGCCAUUGGCGACGGCGCUAAUGAUGUCUCUAUGAUUCAAACGGCGGACGUCGGCAUAGAUUCCGAUAUCAGUAUCGAAAUAGAAACAGAAGGGAACGAAGAAUAUAACAAUACUCUGAUAGCCCGCGUCAAACAUAUUCACCCAAAACGAGUACUCUGUGUACACCUGUAUAGACAGAGCGUUAAAAUUAUAAGUCCAGCGGAACAGUCCCUGUCAUAUACGCCCAAAAUCAUGGGCGGAAAUGCCGUGAAUAUGGCGUUUACGAUCAUUAAUAGAGGACUGUACGGGCGAGACGAUAAUAACUCCAAUUGCCGUACACCAGAAGUAAUCGUUCGAGAUAUAAGAAUCGGGGUAAUGCAAAGUCACUGGCCAUCACUGCCUGAGUGCCUUCUUGGCCUGAAACGCCUGUCGGUAUAA